AUGUAUAUACAAUUAGGAUUCUAUUUUCAAGUUUUUCAAAUAUUAAAUAAAUUAUUACUUACAAUAACAUUUCAGAUACGAAAACAAGCUCAAGAAAUAUAUGAUAAAUUCUUCAAAGCAGCUCAAGCUCAACCAAGAGGUGUUGUUGCUAAGCUCAGGAAAAUUGUUUCUUCAAUUGAAUAUUGUUUAAAUAAUCAAACUACUGCUGAUAAAGAUCUUUUGAAUAAAGAACACUGGACAAUCACAUUUUACAAUGCAAUAUUAGAUUUAAAACAGUUAUUAAUGGAGGAUGAAGGUAGUGUUUCUGCUUAUGAAAUAUAUAGUAGCGGGCUUGUAGAAGUUUUAUUACAACUUCUUUCACAAAAUAACCAACAUAACACUGAUGUUAUGAUUAAAGAUUUGCAUAAAUUAAGAAUUGAUAUUUUUAUCAAAUGUUUUAAAGAAAAAAAAAAUGAUAAAAGUAAUGAAACUUGUGCUUCUGUUUUGGUUCAAAAAUUAAUAUCAGUUUUAGAAUCCAUUGAACGUUUGCCAGUUUAUUUAUAUGAAUCACCUGGAGCAUUCCAUGGAUUACAGAUUUUCUCAAGACGAGUUAGAUUCCGUCUAGAAAAAGCUCUUAAAGAAACAACACUAGUAGAUCGUUCUGGUAGAGGAUUACGUAUGGAACCUUUAACUACAGUACAACAACUUGAAAAACAUUUAUUAAAAAUGGUUGCUAAACAGUGGUAUGAUCAUGAACGCUCUACGUUUAAUUAUGUGAAAAAAUUAAAAGAUAAAAGUAAUCUACCAAUAAAGUUCAAACAUUACUAUGAUUUUGAUAAAAAUGGAAUUAUAUAUUGGGUUGGAACUAAUGGAAAAACAUCAAUUGAUUGGGUAAAUCCUGGGCAAUAUGGCCUUAUGUUAGUUCAAUCAUCUGAUGGACGCAAUUUACCUUAUGGACAAAUUGAAGAUAUUCUUAGCCGAGAUUCUGUUGCAAUAAAUUGUCAUACAAAUGAUGAUUCAAAAGCUUGGUUCUCAAUAGAUUUAGGAUUAUGGGUUAUACCAACUGACUAUACACUUAGACAUGCUAGAGGGUAUGGCCGAUCAGCUCUGAGGAACUGGUUAUUUCAGAUGUCAAAAGAUGGAACCAAUUGGACAACAUUAUAUACACAUAUGGAUGAUACAGCAUUGAACGAACCUGGUAAUACUGCUACAUGGUCAAUAGAAAUAAAUGAUAAAGAUGAAAAUCAAGGUUGGCGAUAUAUCAGAAUUCAACAAAAUGGGAAAAAUGCUUCUGGGCAAACUCAUUACCUUUCAUUGUCAGGAUUUGAAAUUUAUGGAACUGUAACUGGUGUUUGUGAAGACCUAGGUAAAGCUGCUAAAGAAGCUGAAGCUAAUCUAAAACGUCAACGGCGAUUAUUUAAAGCCCAAAUGUGUAAACAAAUGAUAUCGGGAGCUAGAGUUAUGCGUGGUUUAGAUUGGAAAUGGAGAGAUCAAGAUGGUAUCCCACCAUGUGUUGGAACAGUUACAGGAGAUUUACACAAUGGUUGGAUAGAUGUAAUAUGGGAUCAUGGCGUAACAAAUUCAUACAGAAUGGGUGCUGAAGGGAAAUUUGAUCUACGGCUAGUUGGUGAAACCCAAACUACAUUAACCUCAAAAUUUAAAUGCAGUAGUCCUAACGCUACAUUUUCUAACAUUAUGACAAGAAUGUCAACAUCAACUCCUAGUCUACCAGAAGCAUCUAAUGAUAGUUUAAAUACCAGUGUAUCAGUAGCUAGCACAGACCAAUCAGCAUCAGCAGAUAACUUGGCAGCCAAACAAACUGCUCAACAUUUAACUGAUAGUAUAAUGUCUGUUAUGAGACUAGAUUCAUCUGUUGCACAGGCUUCAACCAAUCAAUUAGAUAAUUCACUUCGUAUAGUUGUACACCCAACACCAUCAGUUGAUCUUGCUACAAUUGUUGAGUCAACAGCAAAUGAUGAAACUCUACAAAAUAUUGAAAACAAUAAAAAGAACAGUAACUGUUAUGAAGAAGAAUUUUUGCCAGCUCUUGGUAAAGUCAAACCAGCUUAUCGUCGUAGUUCUGUUACUAGCCUUGUUCACACACUCCAAUCAAUUCAGAUUGACAAUCCAUCAAAUAACAAACCAAGUCCAGUAGAUAAACCCAUUAUUAUUAUGCAUCACAAUGGCCAAGAUACCUCAAAUGCUCAAAUUCAAGAUUUGUCAUCUGACACUUUAAUUAAUAAUGCUAAUAAUUCUGCUUUUAAUACAGAGUUAUGCAAUCAAAAUAAUUUAGAUAUAGAAAAAGAAAACAAAAAAGAAGAGAAUCGAAACAAUGCAUCAAAUCAUAUGAGUGUUAGUGUACCAAAUUUAACAUCAAAUGGUGUACCCAGAUCUCAAAAUGAUAUACCUAUGCAAAAACCCCUUGCUGAGGCUUAUGCACCAUAUCAAAAACAUCGUAACAACAAUCAUAAUAAUCAAAAUCAAAUAACCAAUCAUAUAUCUCAAAGAGUUCCAACUUCAGUAUCUAGUCUUGUUCGUUUAGCUCUCUCUACAAACUNUCCAACUUCAGUAUCUAGUCUUGUUCGUUUAGCUCUCUCUACAAACUUUCCAGGAGGUUUGCUUCAAACAGCACAAAGUUAUCCUAGUCUUUCCGCUAGUAAUUCCACAAAUAACUCUUGCUCUAUUACAACAAUUGCAAACAGAACAUUUUGUGUUGGUGAAGCUCUUACUAUGAGUCUAGCUUCUACAUCCAGUGAUAGUGAACAAGUCAGUUUAGAAGAUUUUUUGGAUAGUGUUCGAGCUCCUGCUUUGUUUGCUGAACUAGAAGAUGAUGAAGAAAUUGUAGAAGAUGAUGAUAUGCCUGAUGAUGAUGAAAAUGAAGAUGAACAAGAAUAUGAGGAAGUUAUGGUUUCUAGAAACUUAUUAGCUAUGGAAGAAGAAGCUUAUGAAGCUCAACAUGCUGCUAUUGCUAGUAUUGUUGGUGCUGAUAGAUGUGGUAAUCCAUACAAGAGAAGAUCAUGGGAUGAUGACUAUGUAUUAAGAAGAGAAUUUACAGCUCUCAUACCAGCAUUUGAUCCUCGCCCAGGCCGCACUAAUGUUAACCAAACUUCAGAUUUAGAAAUUUUAGCACCUCCAGAAAAUGAAGAUGAUGAAAACCCUGAUGAUUUAACUAAAGAUAAAAGUGAUUCCUCAAGUCCCUCUACAUUACCAAGACUAAAACUAACAUUAAAAGGACCUAAUUUGCCUGGGGUUAAAGAUGUAGAAGUAGAGUUGAAGGAUCCUAAUUGGACCAUCUUCCAUGCUGUUCAAAAAUUAGCUCAAUUAGCUGAUCUUGGAAGCCGUCAAGAAAGAUCUAGGCGUAUUUGGGAACCUACUUAUACAAUUAUUUAUGAAGAACUAACUACUGAAACACUAGAACAGAGAUCAAAUCUUGAUAAUCAGUGGGAUUCUGACUUACCAAUAUUUUCUACACGUACUCAAUUAAGCAACACUGGUUGUACAGUUGAUCAUGUUUUACAAUUAUUACGGCAACUCCAUAAUCUUUCCAUUAAUCCGAAGAUCUCUUUAUUGAAACCCUAUAAUAAUGAAAUUUUUGUAGAAUAUACAAAAGAUAAUGGAGAAUUAAUUAAUGGUGAAAUAUUUAAUAGUAAGAAAAUGACUAAUAAGCUCGUUCAACAAAUUCAAGAUCCUUUAGUAUUAAGUUCUGGUGCACUUCCAUCUUGGUGUGAACAUUUGAAUCUUUCCUAUUCAUUUUUAUUUCCAUUUGAAACUCGACAUCUGUACUUUAAUUGUACAGCUUUUGGGCCAUCUAGAUCCAUAGUUUGGUUACAAUCUCAACGUGAAAAUGUAGAGCGUCAUCGGACAAGCUCUAGUUUACCACUUAGAAGAGAAGAGGAAUAUAGAGUAGGUCGUUUAAAACAUGAUCGUGUUCGUAUCCCUCGGGGUGAUAAUAUAUUAGCUUGGAGUAGGCAACUUAUGCGAGCUCAUAUUGAUCGACAGACAGUUUUGGAAGUUGAGUUUAUAGGGGAGGAAGGUACAGGUUUAGGUCCAACACUAGAGUUUUACUCACUUAUUGCUGCAGAAUUUCAACGCAAAGAUCUUUGUAUGUGGGUGUGUAAUGAUGAUCUUCUUGAAAAUACUAAACAGUGCAGUUGGCUUGAAGAAGGAACAAAACCACCUGGUUACUAUGUUAGGAGGCCUGCUGGUUUAUAUCCUGCACCAUUGCCACAAGAUUCACCUUGUUGUGACAGAGCUGUUAAACAUUUUUGGUUCCUAGGCAUGUUCUUGGCUAAAGUUCUUCAAGAUAAUCGUUUGAUUGAUCUUCCUUUAUCUGUGCCCUUUUUAAAAUUAUUAACAAAAGCUAAAGAUAAUGAGUUUUGCAGAAUUCUUAAUGAUUCUGAUUUGUUUGAUAUUGAUGAAGAACAAGCAACAUUUAUUAGAAAUUUAAAAGAUUUAAUUUCAUUAAAAGAAAAAAUUAUGCAAGAUCAAUCACUGAGUAGUGAAGAGAAACAAGAGCAAAUUCAAAGACUACAAUUUCAGUGUGGUAAUACUGGAAAAGUUAAUUUAGAAAAUUUAAGUUUGAGCAUGAUCUACCUUCCAUCGUCAUACUGCUUCCCUUUUACUCAUAUAAAUUUAGUUGAUGAAGGUUUCAAUAAGGAUGUCACCAUGGAUAAUGUAGAGCAAUAUGUUAGUUUAAUGACUGACUUUAUUUUGGAAAAAGGAAUAAAAAGACAAAUGGAUGCAUUAAAAGCUGGUUUUUGUCGUGUUUUUUCUAUUGAAAAAUUAAAUGCUUUCACACCUUUAGAAUUAAGACGAAUGUUGUGUGGACAACAAGAACCAGAAUGGACUAGAGAAGAUUUAUUGAACUACACUGAACCUAAACUAGGAUAUAACAGAGAAAGCCCUGGAUUCUUGAGAUUAGUAAAUGUGUUAGAGCAAAUGAAUGCUGAAGAAAGGAAAUCGUUUCUACAAUUUACCACUGGUUGUUCAUCCUUACCACCUGGUGGUUUGGCAAACCUUUAUCCUAGACUUACAGUUGUCCGUAAAGUUGAUGCUGGUGCAGGAAGCUUUCCAUCAGUAAAUACAUGUGUUCAUUAUUUAAAAUUACCUGAGUAUCCAGAUGAACAGACCUUAAGAGAACGCCUUUUGGCAGCCACACUUGAGAAAGGCUUCCAUCUUAAUUAAAACUUAUUUUUGUUAGUUAUGUUAAAUUCUAAGAAAAUUUAUAUAAUCCACUCAUAUAGUAUAUAUAUUCAAAAUAAUUAUACAAUUUUUAUUUCAAA